UAUUUAAAAAAAAAUACAUAAUGGAUUAUUUUUCUGUUUUUAUAUUUACUUCUUCUAUUAAGUUAUUUUUAAUUCCAGCUUAUCAUUCAACAGAUUUCUAUGUGCAUAUAAAUUGGUUAAGGAUUACACAUAAUUUACAUUUAAAGGAUUGGUAUUAUGAUAAUUUAUCAAUAUGGACUCUUGAUUAUCCUCCUUUUUUUGCAUAUUAUUAAUUAUUUUUGAGUUACUUGUCAAAUUUUUUUGAUAAUUAAAUAAAUUAGAUAGUUAAUGAAGAAUAUUAAAGUUAUAACUGUAUAUUAUUUUUAAGACUAAGUGUUAUUUUUAGUGAAUUUAUAUAUGCUUAUUCAUUAUAUUAUUAUUGUAAAUAAGAAAAGAAAUAAAAUUGUAUCAUGAGUUUAUUUUUUUUAGUUUUUUUAACUUUGCUAAUGUUUUAAUAGAUAAUAUUCAUUUUUAAUAUAAUGGAUUUUUAUAAGGAUUAUUAAUUUUGAGUAUUUAAAUAAUAUUUUUAAGGGGCUAUUAUAUAUAGCAUUUUGCUUAAUUUUAAACAUAUUUAUUUAUAUUUUUCUUUGACUUUUUUCUUUUUAUUAUUAACUUAAUUUUGUUUAUUUAAAAAUUAAUUUCUUAUUUAAAAUUUUUUAAACUUUCUUUAUGUGUAAUAUCAGUUUUUUUUAUAAGCUUUUUUCCAUUUAUUGUUCAUAUAAAAUAAAUACUUAUAAGAUUAUUUCCUUUUGAUAGAGGUUUAGUUCAU